AUGUCUGGACGCGGGAAAGGUGGAAAGGGCCUAGGAAAAGGAGGUGCUAAGAGGCACCGGAAGGUCCUGCGGGAUAACAUCCAGGGCAUUACGAAACCUGCGAUCCGCCGUCUGGCUCGUUGCGGUGGUGUGAAGCGUAUCUCGGGGCUGAUCUAUGAAGAGACUCGCGGGGUGCUGAAGGUUUUCCUGGAGAAUGUGAUCCGUGAUGCCAUGACCUACACCGAGCACGCCAAGCGCAAGACGGUAACAGCCAUGGAUGUGGUCUACGCCCUGAAACGCCAAGGCCGCACGCUGUACGGUUUCGGGGGCUGA